AUGAGGGCCGAGCCCGAAAUUCCGGAUGGUGUGGGGGUGCUGUCCUUCAGCAUCAAGCAUGAGUUUAUUGUCAAGGUCAACAUUCCUGAAACCUUAGGCUCCCAGGCCUUGGGCCUUUCCUAUGUUCAGAACAUGCGUUCCGUCCAUGAACGGAUUAUUGAAUACCUCAGGCGUUUCGGAGUCAGAACUAACGACUACCGCGCCUACAAUGGCGACCUUGCAGCGUGGACCGUAGAAAAAGGCGUGGAUAUCAAGAUUCACGAAGUCUCUGACCCCGACCACGGCUCCGAUGAUUGGGGGUUCUUCGAGGUUAGACUCGGCACUCCUGUCUAUCCAUACUUUCGACCUUUUUUUUUCGAGAUCGAUCGUGUCCUUACCCUUAUGAAAGACGGGUAUGUGACGAUUUUAAACAGUUCCUGCAGUUUGACUGUUCAUGUCGGUCGCUUGGAGGGGCUCUACCCGGAACGUUAUGAAAGUUUCGGUUUCUCCAUUGGAGUUGUGCAAACGGUAUUGGAGUUUGUCUGGAAGUUUGAGGCUCAAAUUAACGCCUUGCAUCCCCAACACCGCAUCUGGGGCAAUCCGUAUUGCAUCACUCCCUCACGCUUACUGGAUCACAUGGACUCCAGAACUAUCAGCCGCGCGAUCUGGCGGUGCAAGAAUAUGGCAGAAUUGUACGAUCUCUGGGAAGGGAAGCUUAACGUGCAGCAAGCCUUCCGCAGCGCCCCUAUCUACGGGAUUCGAGGAUUAACCAACUUUGGCGACAGGGGCAUAAGUAACGGAACUAUGCGGUUCUCACAGCAUCAGGGAACGCUUGACUUUGAAGAGGUCAAGAACUGGGUGUGGUUUAUCGGGUGUCUUGUGCAGCUCUCCCUUGAUCGUGGCUGUUGUGGGAUUCCGUUAAACAUUUUGGGUUUUGCUGAAAGGCAGGUCAAGUUGGACGAGCUUUCUGCGCGCGAAUUCAUUCGCAGAGUUGGUAUGAACGACCAGUACAAAUAUUACAAGCAGCGUUUGGCGGCAGAAGAAGAGUUGCUUGGCCCCUGCUUUGAACCCGGCAAGCCCGAGGGAACUUGA